AUGGAUAAGGACUUGAUAAUUGAUUACCAUUAAAAUGCAGAAACAAUUGGAUAAUACCUAAAUCAAACUAGAAAAGCACAAAAUGAUAUCCUACUCAAAAGAUCUCCUCAGUAUUUUCAUUUUCAAUCAUCCAAAUAUGGUAUUAGAUCACCUAUUCAAAUAAAAAAUCCUCUUCUCAUUAAAUCCUUGUUUUAGACCAAGAAACUCUUUAAAGAGAGAGAAACCACACUUCCCAUUUAUACUCUCAAGACCUUGCCUGCUUAACCAGUCCUUUCAUUUUAAACUGAUCGUAUUCACAGCAAAUGUCCUGCAUUCAAGAACUUUCCUUUAAAAUCAGGAUUAAAACAAAUACGAAAUUCCCCUGAAGAAUACAUAAGAAUAGAGACAGCACCUGCUAUAUGUAAAAGUCCAGCGACUUAAAAAACAACUCCAACAAACCUAUUUAAAACUUAAAUUUGUAAUGACAAAAAACCAAAACCGAAACAAUUCUAAUCGAAUUUUAAUAAAAACGAAUGGGGUAUGGGAGGAUGGAAUAUAAUUGACGAUAAUUUUGAUACAAAACUAUUCAUUGAUUGA